AUGACGAACUCGAACGAUCUGCCCGAUUACGGAUCGCUUAACUACAGAAAUGUUGAGAGAAUCACGCUAGGCAGCUUUGAAUUUGAUACAUGGUUUGGCAAUUCCGUAAUUUUCUUUCAAUCGGAGCCUCAACUUCUUGGCUAUGAAGUUCUCGAAAAGAAGACUAAGCACACAUCCUCUACCAAAAAGGCCAGUCAGCUCACUAAAGAUCGCCUACCUUGGAUAAAGAGACUCUUUUUUUGCGCCUAUUGCUUCAAAUAUUCAACUAAUGAAGACGAUUCAUCACGCCAUUUAUCUUAUUGCUCAUACAGGAGAAAUCUGCCAGGACAACUGAUGUAUCUUGAUGAUGUAUGUUCGAUAAGAAGAGUGAAUGGGAAACAACAUAGACUUUUUUGUCAAUGCCUGGCCAUUCUGGCAAAGUUCUUUCUCGACAAUAAAUCGGUUUUUUUCAACGUUGACCUUUUCGAUUUCUUCGUGAUCUAUCAAACAUUGGAGGGAGUGUCCACUCCUAUGGGCUUUUAUUCCCGCGAACUAGUAUCGUGGGAACAGAAUAACCUCUCGUGCAUUUUUGUAAUUCCCUGCUAUCAGAAACAAAGAUUGGGUUCCAAGCUGAUUGAAUUUUCCUAUCAUCUUUCUAACCAUGAGCAAAUCAUUAGCGGGCCGGAGAGGCCGCUAUCCCCUUUUGGAAAGCUAACCUAUCUGAGUUACUGGUGUCGAACACUCUCAAGAGAGCUGUUGUACGGUAAGUUGUCGACUUUUGAUCAUGUGACCUUGGAGCUGAUAAGUUUUAAAACAGGCUUCAGAUCUGAAGAUAUCCUUCUCACUCUGGACUAUAUGGAGGCUUUGUACGAAGUCGGAGAGAGAUUCAUUUACACAGACUACUAUAGCAAUCCUUGCCACAAAGAUCAACGAUUUGUUUUCUUAGAAGACGCUGGAUACAGAAUGUUUAUCGAUAAGGCGAAAAUAAGGAACUGGGUAGUUAAUCGUCACAUCUCGGCAGAGUCAAAUCUUGAUCCACAAUACCUACUGUUAGACUGA